GAGAAAUCUUGUUUUUCACAGCCGGGCAACACUGCUCAGUUUGAAAACUUUUUUGUAGCAUAUUUUCGUAUUAGUACUGUUUUCAUCACUUGUGAGUUGUUACUUGUCAACCAUUUCUUUAUAGAAGAAUCACAAUGGAUAAAGAAAACAGAAGAAAUUCGAUUUUAAAAUCAGCCAUGAUUCCAUCUAAUCAACCACCAGUUUUUGAGUAUGAAGAAGAUCAAACGGAAAAUUUUACGUCUUCACGGCGGAAAUCUUUUAAGAAGCGGGUUAGCUUUGCCGGAAGGGAUGAGAUAAAGGAAUUUCAAAAGCAUGAAGUAUUGACGGUUCAAAAGCUGGAAAAAGUAUUAAGUCAACUUCAGGAUGAAACUGAAUUUUCUAAAAUGGGUGAAAUAGCUGGUUGGCAUUCUGAAAAAGAAAACAUAGGUCAACAAACAUUGGUACUGAGAGAAAUAUCCAUUAUACAUGAUAACAUGGAAAUUACAAGUUUAGCAAGUAUUGAAUGUGACACAAUUAAAAGCAUUGCACAAGAAAUCGAACCUAGAAAAAUAUCAAGGGAGUAUGACUGUAUGGACAUCACAAGUAUAGCAAAUGAUGAAUGCAACAAAAGUGAAAGCAGUGUUCAAGAAGUUGAAAUGGAAGUGUGUUCUGACUCUGUUGUCCAAAUUUCUGGUGUAGCAGCUGACGAAGAACAUGCAACAAUAGAAGAAUUAACAUUGCUGUGCCCCCAGCCCAUUCUUGUUGAAAAUAACUUUUGUUUUGGUAAAAAUCCAAUGGAAAUAUCUGUUCAACAAGUUGAAAUACCAAUAGUUCAAGAAGAUACAAUUCCUUCCUGUAUGUCCAAAAAUGCGACAGUUAAGCAGUCAAGAGAAGAAUGCCAUGAAACCUACGAAAAGAUGGUGGAAGAUAUGAACCCCAAUUGUUCGUUAGGGCUUUUAAAAACAAUUUUAAAUGAAACUGAAUUUAUAAGCACUGAACUGGUCCAGUCAGACAGUUGCAUGCUACAGAAAUGUAAUGGUAUUCAAGAACCUGUUCAAGAAAUGAAAUGUUUUUAUUUCAAUGAAUCAAAUGAAUGUUCAUUGCUUGCUAAGGAGUUCAACUGGGAAGUUGCAUUCUUUGACAGUCUGUUAGUCUUUACCAAAAUUCACAGCUAUCUCACCUUGAAACUUAAACUUGAUGCUGAAUAUACCUAUCAAAAUGUCAAGCAUUACGUCGUGGAAGAUAUUGAAAUUGACACCAGAAAAGACGUUGAUAAAAAAUGGACUAGGUUCGGCUUGAUGAUUCUUGAAAACUCUUUGGAAAACAUUAACCUUAGAGAGGCAUGCAGUAAUACGCAAGAUUUGCCGAAAUUAAUGUAUAUUGUUGAGGAGCACACUCGCAUGUUCAUUGACUUUGCUACUGAGGAUUCGCAAAAAUUUGAGCUGUUGGCCAACCCUCGAUCUAUCAGAUUUGAUGCAGGUUACUCGGAUUUUAACGUAACAUUCGAAUCAUCAAAUUUGGAGAACCUUUCCUGGGUACGAAUUUCAUUGAAUCUAAUUCCUCGUUUUCCCUUGUCAGCCAAAGACAUAUCUGUUGAAAGUAUAUUGGGGAUAGUUAACAAAACUGAGCUAACAAACAUGAUUUCCAACAUACGACCGAGUACCCUUUACUUGACUCGUAUUGCGGAAUGUGUCGAGGAUUUCCUGAAAUUCCAAUCUGUGGGCAACGAAACAAGAAUGUUUAACUGUGCAAAACAUUGAAGUGUAUAAAUUUACGUUUUAUUUUAUGCAUACACGAUUCGGUAUUUUUAAACUUUCA